GCAGCUGCCGCUGGUCGCACAGCAACGGGCCGCGUCCCGGGCACAGGUUGUGACGAUGUCGGAGGAGUCGGCGGAGGAGCCGGCGCAGGGCCGGCGGGUCUUCCUCAACCACCUCGACUCUUACUGCGGCCGCAGCAUCGGCAAGUAUUUAUCCACAUGUGUUGUUGGGGCAUCACUUGAAAGCAUAGAAGAAGAGGAGGAGAAAGAUGAAGAUAAUUCAGCUGCUGAAGUUUCUAGUAAGCCAAAGGAGGGAGUCUACCAAAUAGUGGGUACCCUUUCUAAACCAGAGAGUACUAAACCAAGUUUUGCAGAGGAAACGUAUUCAGUCUCUUCUCGAGAAGAGCUCUUAAGUCACUUGCUGGAGUGUGAGAUUGUUUUGUAUAAUAUCACUGAGGAUGCAAACCAAAUAGAGGAAGCAACAUGGGCUGCUUCUGCCCUACAUAUGGAAAUAGAGCAUUUUGCAACACAAAAAUUAUUCAUCCUCAUUUCAACAAUAAUGAGCUGGGCAAAAAGCAAACCCCCUGACCCCGAAGAUCCUGAGAUUGCUUUUACUGAUGAAGAUUAUCGCAGAAGAAAAGCUCAUCCUAACUUUACAGAUCACAUAAAUGCUGAAAAACUCAUUCUCAAACUUGGGAAGACCAACAAACGUAAAUUUUCAACUUACAUUGUUGCCUCAGGACAUCAAUAUGGAGCUGGGGAAGGAGUCUUACACUACUUUUUUAAGAUAGGUUGGCUUAGUGAGACACCUGCAAUACCUGUUUUUGGAGAUGGAAACAAUUUUAUUCCAACCAUUCAUAUUCUUGAUUUAGCAGCAGUGUUACAAAACGUAGCAGACCACAGGCCCAAGUCUCAUUAUAUCCUUGCGGUAGAUUCAUCUAUGCACACUCUGCAAGAAUUAGUAAAGUGUAUCAGUAAAAAUGUUGGACCAGGAAAAAUUGAGAAGAUUCCAACAGAAAAUGCAUUCCUGAGCAAAGACUUAACACAAAUGCAUUUGGAUAUGUUGCUUGUCAACCUGCGAAUGGAAUCUGGGCUUGUGAAAGAGUCUUUCAACAUUAAGUGGGUUGCUCAGGAGGGACUGGUGGAGAACAUUGAGCAAAUUGUCAAGGAAUACAAGCAAAGUCGAGGAUUACUGUCUCUCAAAAUUUUCGUUCAUGGUCCUCCUGGGGUUGGCAAAUCUACCAUUGCUGAAGAACUCUGCAAACACUACAAGCUACAUCACAUUAAAUCAAAAGAUGUGAUUUCUGAAGCAAUAGCAAAUCUGGAGGAAAUUGUGGCUCCUAAAGAACUAGACGCUGACAAUGUGGGAGAAGAGGGAGAGGGAGAUGAUGGUGAGGAAGAGGAGCAGGGCGAAAAUGUAGAAGAGGCACAGGAGUUAUUAGAUGCAGUAAAAGAAAACAUGGAGCAGAAUGCAGGUCAACUAGAUGAUGAGUAUAUUCUUAAAUUUAUGAAGGACAAGCUCAAAUCUAUGCCUUGUAGGAAUCAGGGAUAUGUUUUAGAUGGGUUCCCAGAGACCUAUGAACAGGCAAAUGACCUUUUUAAUUUGGAAAGUGAAGAUGAACAAGGAGCAAAAAGCAAAAUACCUAAAUAUGAUACAUUAAUCACACCUGAAUUUGUUAUUUCUUUGACUGCAUCUGACGAAUUCCUUAUAAACAGAAUAAUAAAUCUGCCAGAGAGCGUUGUUGCUGGAACUCAUUAUACCCAGGACCAGUUCCUGCAAGCUUUGAAUCUGUUCAGAGAGUUAAACACAGAUGAUAAGACUGUUCUCAACUAUUUUGAUGAAAUUGAAAUACAUCCUCAGUUUAUAGAUGUAGCCAAACUUGAAGACCCUGAGAACAGGUUUAUUGUAAAAGAGAUCAUCAAAGAAAUUGGGGAACCUCGCAAUUAUGGUUUGACAGAUGAAGAAAAGGAAGAAUUGGAACGCCAAGCGGCUGAGGAACGCCUUGUCAAAGAAGCUCAAGAAAAAGCUGAACAAGAGCGUAAAGAAGCUGAGGAAAGGGCUGAAAGGAUGGCAAACUGGGAAGAGUGGAAUAAACAUCUGGAGGAAGUGAAAAGACAAGAACAAGAGUUAUUGGAGGCCCAAUCCGUUCCACUACGAAACUAUUUAAUGAGGAAUGUCAUGCCAACGCUUAUGCAAGGGAUAAACGAAUGCUGUAGGAUCAGGCCAGAUGAUCCAGUUGAUUUUCUGGCAGAAUAUCUCUUCAAGAACAGCCCUGAUAUCUAAUGAGACAAACGUUCACUCCUGUCAGCUGUAGAAAUUGCGAAAUACAAAAGAGAACAUUCCUAAUGAAUUUUAUGUAAAAAUACUUAGUUUUUGAAAUUACUUUUGUUUAGGUUUAUUAUGUAAUCUUUGUUUUUAUUUCUAAUACUUUAUUACUAAGUUGUAUUGGGGUUUUAAUAUUUCUUCUAUAAAAGUACCAUUUACUGCACAUAUUAAUAGAUAUACACUUCUGUAUUUCACGUCUAUUUGAAACUGUGAACUGUAAUCAAUCUGUUCUCUCCAAAAUUUUCUUGAUUUUUUUCAGUUCCAUGUUCUAUUUAAGCAAUAUAUUGUCCUGAUCCAUAGUGAAUGCAGGCAGCUAGGCUGAGAAAAGCUUUUCUUAGAAAAAAGGGAAAAAAGGCAUUUUCACUGAAAACAGUAAUGAACAGAAGCAACAAGCUCUCCUAUUUCCCCUCCCAGCUACCAAGGGGCAAAAAGUCAUGCAUAGCAGUAAACAGUGCAUUCCAAGCAUAGGUAUGUUAUAAACCUCGGGGUUUUGUUUGGUAUCAAAAAUGGGCGUAGUUCUCAUUUAAUUCUUCCUGUCAUUCAAUAUUUGAUACAUGUUUUUUAUAGAUUCUUGGAGAAUCUAGACUUUCCAGCAUGUGGCUGGCAUUCCAUUUUUUGUUGACUUCACAUACCUCUCACAGAAACUGUCAAUAUCUCUGCAGACACAACUGAAACUGGCAGCAUAUUUGGUGUAAAACAAAUACAGAAUUUUGCCAAAACAGAAAGCAAGGACUGUUUGAGAGAAGGGGGGGGGGGGCAGGGAAAAAGAGGAAAAACUGAAAGAAUGACAAUACAGAAACACUUUAAACUCAUCUAUUACUUUUAGCAUUAGCAUUUUAGAUGUAUUAAUGCCCGACUGUCUUAAAUAUAUUUGUAUUUUUACAGAGAAACAGUCUUAUUUGUUUUCACAGUCACACAGCCAGGUCAGUGACGAUAGCCAGGAACACAGUUCAGAACCAUCAUCUCCAGCUCUAGAGACAGAUUUCUUUGAGAUCUGAAUUUCUCUUAUGCUGCCAGUUCAAUUACCGUUUAUCACAUGAGGCAGUCAAACAUUAAAUAAUAGGUAACUUUGGAGAAAUUUUGUUUGGGUAUCCUACUUUUCAGAGUAAAGAUGAAAAUUGGACACUAAAAAAAAAA